AUGUCGGACGGGGAAGCUUUCGAUCUUCCAGAGAAUGCUUCAGAAUACGUCGACGUAGAGACCUUCGAACAGAUACUGGAGAUGGACGACGGCGAUCCGGAGCGAGAGUUCAGUCGGGGACUUGUAAUCGGAUUUUUUGAACAGGCAGAAUCUACUUUUGACGAAAUGGACGGUUCUAUACACAAGAAGGAUCUCGCACAGCUCUCUUCGUUAGGCCACUUUCUUAAAGGGUCUUCGGCAACCCUGGGGCUCUUCAGAGUCAGGGAUACCUGCGAGAAAAUCCAGCAUUUAGGUGCCCUCAAGGAUGAGAGCGGAAACCUAGACAUCAAGGAGGAGGAAGCGUUGAGAAAGAUAACAAAACUUCUGCCGAAAAUGAAGCAAGAUUAUAAGGCCGCGGAAGACUGGCUAAAGGUUUUUUUCGAGGUUGAAGAUGAAGAAAACGACGAACCGGAUGACCCAAAGCCUCUAAGAGCCGAACCGAAGGCAACCUAA